ACAAACGCUUCGUUAGCAGAAAAGAGAGUUCGCCGCUCGAAAUAAAGUGGCCAUGCAGACUAUAAGGCUUUUGCGAUCCUUUACCGUGCCUGUCAGUCACACAUCUUUGUAUGGCAGCAGGGCGGCUCGGCAGGUAGGGCUGCUGCGUCAGUCCUCAGCUUUGCGUUUGGAAAUAUACUUUUACCCAUGUUCUCAUGGGUGUCUUCCAGAUACUCCCAGAAUAUAUAUUUUAAUUGGGCUGGACACAAUAUUCCCCGUCAUAUGUGUAUAAGAGGCACUGUCCUAUUAUCUCCGUGACAGGCUUCGAGGUACUCUGACCCUAACUGGGAAAGCGAUUAUUAAAAACCGAUACAUGGAUGGGUAUUACAAGUACAAAAAUAUAAAGUGAAUAAAACAGUUUGAUCUAAUUAACCCUAAUAGGAUCAAUAACAAACAAAAUCAAUUAUUUAGAUUAUCGUUGGUCCACCUUUAGGCUCCAGUGAAGAUCAUGAAAAAUGCACUGGGAAAAUGAAAAACAAAAAAAUUGCUUAAUAUACUAAAAAAUACCUGGAGAAAACGGGGUGCACCUAUAACACAUAUUUGCCGAAACGGCAACGGAGAGAGAUAGCAACAUGGAUUAAUAUGUGCAGCAUGCACGGAAAAUAACUAAUAAGGACCCUGGUGGCAAUCCCGGAUAAGGGGAGAAGAAGAUUUAAAGUCCUGAUGCUCAGCAUCAAGCAGAUGUUGCGCUGGCCAGACCAGACGCGGCUUGGAUCACAAAUAGGAGGAGUGCGCAUGCGCGAUCCCUGCCGUUUACUGUAUAUGCGCCGAGGAAAAAAAGAACAGAGGCAACAAAACCAACCUUUUUACAGCAAAGUGGCUCGUGCUUUAUAAAUAACCUCCUGGGAAACAAAGAGCCAUCUCAACAGAGGCAUGUAUACUUUCAGUGACAAAGCGUCGCUGCUGUGUUGCUGCACGCCACCUCCAUUAAUUUACACCAAAAGCACGAAGAGUGACUGGGGCUCGCAGGAGGGAUUUUAGUGUGAUGAAACAAAGGAACAAAGGAUGCUUUAGAAGAGCUGCUGUCUUCAAGUCUGGAUUGUAUUUCAAAGCACACCGAUGGAUCUAUUCCCUUGCAGUACCUUUAGAUCGUGAUAUGUGACUGACAGCAUCGCUUAUGAUCCCUCCAUCUAUGGCGAACUAUAGCCAUGCAGGUGAGCACAGCAUCUUGCAGAGUGUGUCUCCCCUCGCCACGUUCCUCAAACUGACCUCCCUGGGCUUCAUCAUCGGGGUCGGCGUGGUCGGCAACUUCCUGAUCUCCAUCCUGCUCAUCAAAGACAAGAGUCUGCACAGGCCACCCUAUUACUUUUUGCUGGACCUCUGUGCCUCUGACAUCCUGCGCUCGGCGAUCUGUUUCCCGUUCGUGUUCACCUCUGUGAAGAAUGGCUCGGCGUGGACCUACGGCACGCUCACCUGCAAAGUGAUCGCCUUCCUGGGCGUGCUCGCCUGCUUCCACACGGCCUUCAUGCUCUUCUGCGUCAGCGUGACCCGCUACCUGGCCAUCGCGCACCACCGCUUCUACACCAAGCGGCUGACCUUCUGGACCUGCUUGGCCGUCAUCUGCAUGGUGUGGACGCUCUCGGUGGCCAUGGCCUUCCCGCCCGUGCUGGACGUGGGCACCUACUCCUUCAUCCGGGAGGAAGACCAGUGCACCUUCCAGCACCGAUCGUUCCGGGCCAACGACUCACUGGGCUUCAUGCUUCUCCUGGCCCUCAUUCUCCUGGCUACCCAGCUGGUAUACCUCAAGCUCAUCUUCUUCGUCCAUGACCGGCGGAAGAUGAAGCCCGUUCAGUUCGUGCCGGCCGUCAGCCAGAACUGGACCUUCCAUGGACCCGGGGCUAGUGGGCAGGCAGCCGCCAACUGGUUGGCGGGCUUCGGUCGGGGUCCGACCCCGCCCACCUUGCUGGGGAUCCGGCAGAACGCAAACCCGGCGGGCCGGCGCCGCCUGCUGGUCCUGGACGAGUUCAAGACGGAGAAACGCAUCAGCAGGAUGUUCUACAUCAUGACAUUCUUCUUCCUGGUGUUGUGGGGGCCCUACCUGGUGGCGUGCUACUGGAGGGUGUUUGCCAGGGCCCUGGCUGUGCCGGGGGGCUACCUGACGGCCGCUGUCUGGAUGAGCUUCGCCCAGGCCGGUGUCAACCCCUUCAUCUGCAUCUUCUCCAACCGCGAGCUCAGGCGCUGUUUCAGCACCACGCUCCUGUACUGCAGGAAAUCCCGGUUACCGAGGGAACCCUACUGUGUUAUAUGAAGGCUUGUUUCUGUGAUUGAUUGGCUGGGCAGUUUGGUCGUACGCCUCCCCUCCCAGUGCCCAGCAGAAGGGAAGGGAACUGUCCGUCAGUAGAUUCGGAUGGGGAGUCUGGAGGCACUUGGUGGAUAUUGUAAAUGUUCAGGAAUGGGAUGUCCUGCUGUGUUUGUUAUGGUAAUUUAUUUGCUGUGGAAGCCUGUUUGAAGCCACAAAAGCAAAAAAAAAAAAGAAAACUCAAACUCUGGAUGUUUGAAGAUUAUUCUGUGAGGUAAGAGUUUUGCAAAAAAAAAAAAAAAAGUUGGGGGAGGGACUUAAGCAUAUCCUUACCUCUGAGAAAUGGAAUUAUUUUACAUUUAAAAAUUGCACUAAAGAAAAUAUAUGAAAUGUUCUUUUUUUUUUUUUGCUCAACCAUUCGCUUUUACAGACUUCACACUGAACGCUUUAGUUUACUGACGAUUAGUUCGCUAAAGACGAGCUGAGUUUCACCCAGUGACCUUCGGUACUGGAGUAACACCUUCCACAGGUUAGACAGUGAUAUCAGUGUAAGUGAUAUUUUUCCAUUUUUCUGAGUGGGGGGUGGGUGGGUUAACAGUAUCGUUGUGCUUUUUUGAAUCGCGAUUUAGGACCUAUUUAUUGUAGUUUUAAUAUUCAUAUGUCCCAGUUUUCCCACAUUGUUAUUUUUUGUCUACUGUUUUUUACAAUGAUGAUGAUGAUGAUGAUGGUUGGGUUACAAAACACACACCUAUUUUUUUGGAGAACAGAGCCCAAAUGAACAGCGAAGGAGUGUCAUCUGUCACCGUCACUUGUCACCGUGCCUGGCCACCCUGCUAAUGUCCCUGCAGAAGAUCUCACCUUAAUGGCUCAAAUACAGCACCAUAUAUUCUAUCGUGCUUAAGCUGCACGCUCCCCCCAAACACCCACACAGACCAGCGCCUUACCGCAGGUCCCUUUGUGGUCCGAUCAUACAGCCACUGUGUAAGACCCUAUUUCACAGCACGACCCAAGCCUUAGUUAGAGAUACUGCACAAUUUGUAAAACCAACCUUCAGAAAUGACACCUGUUGUAUUAAAGGCCCAGCGUCCUGAUCAUCUGUUCCCCACAUUUGUUGUCUGGUUGAUUUGGAUCAUCCAUCCUUUUGACUCCUGUGACCAUUCUAGUCCUGACGAAUGGGGAUUUUCCUCUUUGUUGAGUAGCUGAAAUGUCCGUUUGUGAGUGUUUCAUUUUGGAAGGCUUGGAUGUGGCUUUAACCUGAUUUGGGGGACUGCAUUCUGCCAAACGUUACCUGUGUACACUGUUGCUUACAUUUUGGAAAUAAAAUUUUACAUUUUUCAAAUUAA